GUGUCAAAAUAAUGUCAUCUAUUGUUGAUGAAAUCAUGAAAUGUUUACGAAACGAAAUACCUACCUGUGGUGCUAGGACAACAAAAGUAACACUUAGAAUUUAAAUCGGGGUUUAUUCCCGUUAUUAAGUUAUUGAAAUCACCAAAUUGAUUUUAUACCUUAACAUGGGAAGUUUAGAUAGAGCAGUUUUGACCGGUUUUAUAUGUCGAUUGUGUUCUGAAAUGCAUCGAGUGGUAUUACAUAUUUAUGGCGAAGAAGGCUUACGUUUAAGGAUAUCUGAGAAAAUUAGUAGAUAUCUUUCAAUAAAUGUGUCGCGCGCAGAUCCAUUGCCGAAAACAAUUUGUAAAACUUGUUUAGAGCGAUUGGAAAGUCAACACAGACUCGUAACCGUGAUGGAACACGCAGCUCAGUUACUGAAACGCAAUGCAAGCGACCUAGAAAUAGGUCGCGGUAAAGAGAAUAAUGAUAAUAACAACAAAAAUGGUGGUUCUAUACUAUAAUACACAUGGGAUUGUGUUAAUUGUGAAAUUACUUUAGGCUAAAUGAACUUUUAUUUAAAUAGUGGUGUAUAAAUGUAUAAAUUACUAGCAUACAUGUAACUUAAAUGCAAUAGCCGAAGAGGUGCUUCAUUUUAACAUAGGCAUACAUACUGAUCAUACUCUAAUAUAUUAAAUAAGUCUGGUGUAACUUAUACCUUGUUGUGUAAGUAACUGAAUAAUGAAGAUUGACAUUCAUAACAUACAAAUCUGACUAGGUACACCAUGAACUUUUUAAUGGCACAAGAAAAUAAAUUGUGAUUUGUUUGCACCAAACAAAGAGUAUUGUUACAAUUUAUGACGAAUGCACGGAUAGCAGGAUUGUUACUCUAUAAAUAAAAUAAGUAAACUAAGGUGGCAUUGUUUGUAGACUAAUGUUGCUAGUGACCUAUAAAUAAAAUAUAAAAUAAUUAACAUUACUAUUAUGUCUAUGUAUUAAAUUAUUGGACUAAGAUUAUUUAGAUGUAAUGGAUUUUGUGAACAGAAUUUAGUUCAAUCAUCUAUAAAAUUGCAAUCUGUUGUUGUGAAAAAGUAUAUUGUUACAAAUUAUUGUCAAUCUAUAUUUUCUUCAAUUUCUUCUAUAACUGUUAUUCAAUAUCAAAAACUGCACUUUGAAUGAUAAACAUUCAAAGUGCAGUUUAUCUUUACAUAAGUCACUCUUACAAUUACCUAUUUGUAUUGUAUAAGUUAUUUUUUUCCUGUUUUCAGAUAUAUUUAAUUAAGUUUGUUUUCCUUUUUGUUGCUACAUGAUUUAUUUUUUGAUAGUGCACUUUUAUGACUUUCACAUGUUUUAAGUUAUGUAAUGAUUGGGUCAUACUUCCUUCUAAGUGACAAUUUGAAAAAGCUUUUAUUCACAACAACAUUUUGUAAUACUUUGUAAUAAAUGGACAAUUACCCAAAGAAUAGCUAAACACUUUCUUUCUUUUUUUGUGUUGCACUUGAUGUAGGUACAUUCAUCAGAAAUGUUAUUUCAGGAAGGCUAUUGUAAAGCUUGCACCUCUACCUAGCCUCCUAAGUAUUCAUCACAUAUUAAUUAAUUAAUUAAUUUAUGCAUUAUUUGUGACUUGUGGCCAUUUUGUGUGUACUCAUUCAUCUGUUCUUAACUAACAGACUGAGCCAAAUGCAAUAUAUUGUACUAAAUUGAUUAUAGUAUAAUGUAAAUGUUGUGUAGUGGUUAAAAUUUGAAGUAAACACAUAUAAAUUAAAUAAAUAGAUAUAUAAAAGUAGGUAUAGUAUUUGUAAAUUGCUGGAUUUCCCAUUUCACAGAAUUAUUUUCAUCACAAUAAAAGGUGCUUCAUGAUUUUAACUGAAUUCAAAAAAAGGGGGAGGUUUUCAAUAUUCAUCCUAAUAUUUUUUAUUAUUUUUAAAGUUCCUUCAGCAACCAAAGUGGCUAAUAGUAAUAACACAAUUGUUGCCAGUAGGUUUAAAUUGUUUUUGUCAGAAAGUGAGUCAUGAUUUUUGCUCAGGUAGGAGCUGUCAUACAAAUAAUAUUGAUGUUGAAGACAAAUCAGUGGAGGUCCUCAUACUAGGUUACGUAAUAUCUAGUCAGCCGUACCUAACUGAUUAAACUCGAAAGUGAACAGACCUCGACCUAGUUGGAAAAAGGUCAAAAUAAAAUUUUACGUGAAAUGGAAUCAUUGCAAAAAUGAAUCAAAGCUUUCGUUGCUGCUUUGUUGCGAUUGUUGCGCGAAAAAUUAUGACAUUUUCGAUAAAUUUAUAAUAUUAUAGUAUGUAACUUUGAUAAUGUAUUUUUAGAAGAUAGAAGGAAAUUGUAAUUAUAUAUUUUUUUCUUUUCAAUACAUGUUAUUUGUGGCGA